AUGAAAUGGGUCACUGAGUCGUCUCUGGCGGCUGUCACCCGGCGGAGCGGAAAAACGUCGACUUUGCGACUCUCCGACGGCUGUCACCCGACGGAGAGGAGCUGGAUGGAGGUGGGGCGCGUGUCAGGGAGCUUCAUCCUCAGGUCCGCGCAGCAAGAGGAGGCUCUUCAUCGCAUCUGGUACGCUCUCAGGAGGUGGCGACUCGUCUCCCGGCGGAUCGUCCUCUUCCCGACGACGGCUUGUUCGUCGAUCAAUCGGAGAUGAUUUACUCAAUGGGUUCGUGAUCCUUUUAUCGCGAAUCAUUUAGAAAUUUUAGUAGCAAUGCUCCGCGAAUCGCGUUGACGAGAUUUUCGCCGAUGAUCCAGCGAUUCUCGUUGCUUAAUCCUUCAUCGGCGAUCUGCAGGAAAGUCGCGAUAAUCAGAUAAAAAUAUAUGAGUUUUGACUCUGGGAGGAUUCAAACCCGCACCGGUCGCCCGCCUGUGAGGAAGGUGUGACGCGGGUUUAGUCCCACAUCGGUUGUGCGCCAAUUUUUCGGGUGAAUAUAUAGUAAUGUUAGCUUCGAAAGCAAAGUCACUUCUCUCGCGCGUACGACCACUCCUUGCCCCACAGCUGGCUGGCCACCAGUGACGUGGAAGGGGAGUGGGCGCACACGUGCCCCUAUCGGUCCAAGCUAA